CUAAUAAUGGCAGGCAAAGAACUUGCAUCCUCAUCUUUUCCCUCAAAUUUCAACCCUCCAAACUCCAACAAUGACUCCUCAGAAAACAACUCUAGUACGUUUCCUACACACCCAAGUAAUCAUUUUUCUAGGAUGGGAGACAACAAUGAGUUCAUGGUUUCUACAACACCCAUCAAUACCAACAAAAAUGAUACAUUGGUGAUGCCACAACCAUCAUCUGAUAGAUAUAUGAAUCUCCCUCAAGAUCCAUCGGAGGACCUUAUCAAAUCUUCCUCUAGAAAGCGAACGGAUAGACAUUUGGGCUCUAAGAACAGGCCCAAAGCACACAUCAUUGCCGAGGAAGACACACAAACCUUCACAGAACUGGUGGUGGAGUUGUUGGUGGAAAGAUUAUUGUUGCUAGUGUUAUUUUCAUUAAUGCUACUCUUACUUGGAAAAUUGUGACCCACAAGAUUAUCUCCACCAAUAGAAAUGUUUAAGCCUUGAAGAAGAUGGACCAUUACAUGUUGGUGGUGUCAUCACCAACGUUAAUUAUGUAGCUUAUGAAUAUGACGACAACAACAAAAAUAAUAUUUUUCAUGUGCCUACAAACUCCAAUGGUGUGCAUAGUAAUUCAAGUCAGCUGAAUUAUCAACUUCUCUCUCACUAUCUUCCAACUUAUUGGAAUGUCAAUGAUGAAAAUUUCAUAAAAUGGAACCACUCCAAUCAUCCUCAUAACUAUUAUAUAAUCAAAGACACUUAUGUGAUCCCCUUUGUUGUUUUAGUCCUUUAAAAAUUUGAAUAAAAUAAGUUUAAUUUCU